CGACGUCCGACGCCGGGGUGGUAGUUGACCGAGCGCACCCCGCGUCGCUUCGCAGACGUAUAUCUUUUCUCUUACCCUACGAACCACAAUUGUAUGUCGUACGUCGUACAAAACGUAUACUCACCACAUUUAUAAAGUACCGAAUCUCAUCAUCGACGGUUAACACCCAGCCAACGGGCAUCAAACGGUUUAGAUUAGCAGCAGCAGAAGCACGAGGCAAGCAAGCGCGUUCCGACGCCAGUGCAGCCAACAACGUCGUAGUGCCCGUUUUAUGCUGUUCUUGUAGCCGCGGAGACAAAAGCCAGCAAACUGUGGGGCGCCGGGGCUUUUUUUCUUCCUCCCCAGGGAAUGUACUAUCCGCACAUGGUGCAAACGGGGAUGAGUGCGCCGUUCGGGGCAGCCGCGCCGGCAGGCUUCCCCGCACAAAAUGGCGAGAUUAAGCCGGCCGAAGUAAAAGAUGCACCUCUGUUGCCGCCUCCAGCCACGGGGGCGCCGUUUAGUCCACCUCCACAGCCGCAGGCGGCUGUAGCAGUGGCAGCGGCCGCCGCAGCAGCAGCAGCAGCAACAGCCGAUCAGCAGCAGGUCAACAGUCCGGCGAGGCCGUACACGGUUGACCAACAACAGCCACCCCAGGAACCAGAACAGGCGUCCGCGCCGCCCUCUCAAACGCAGACACAAGAUGCGGCUGAUGCCGCCGUCGCAGCAGCUGCGGCAGCAGCAGCAGCCGCAGGAGUCGUCGCCGUUUCCGCUUCGGCACCGACCACUGCCGAUCCCGCCAAAAAUCAACCAAAGAGGCUUCAUGUCUCUAACAUUCCGUUUCGAUUUAGGGAUCCAGAUUUAAGAGCCAUGUUUGGGCAAUUCGGCCCAAUAUUAGAUGUAGAAAUAAUAUUUAAUGAGAGAGGAUCAAAGGGGUUCGGUUUUGUAACGUUCGCAAAUAGUUCUGAUGCGGAGCGAGCACGAGACCGUCUUCACGGCACCGUGGUUGAGGGAAGAAAGAUAGAGGUAAACAACGCCACAGCGCGAGUACAGACGAAGAAACCUCCAGCUUUACCAACAGUUCCUGUUUGCGUUCAAUGGACGGAUGCGGCACUAAGGGGUGUGGCAGCAAUUCAACGUGGUAGAGCGAGAGCAGCAUACCCUGCCGCUGCGGCGGCUGCAGCCGCGGCGUUCGCAAGGCACCCGACGCCCCUGGCCGGGGCUCUGCACGGGUACACUCCCGUGCUGAACACGCUACCUGUUGACGGAAGCGUCUAUUACGACCCGUUCCUAGCGGCGCAUGCGGCCGACCCGAACUACAGGCUACAGGCAGCGGCUGCUGCAGCACCUUUAUUAAAAACACCUUUAUCGACCGCACAACAAGCAAGUUACGCAGCCGCGGCAACAUACACAGCAGUGGCGGCUCGUUAUGGGGCCGCACAACCAGUGGCGGGAUACGCAACAGUCGCAGGAUACAGUAGAGACUAUGCAGACCCAUAUUUAGGUCAUGGUAUAGGUCCCAUGGCAGGUUAUGGGGCCGCUGUCUACAGAAGUAGUUACAAUAGGUUCGCACCUUAUUAAACAUAAAAAAAGCAUAAAAAAACAUAUCUCGAAGCACCGGCCUAUGCCGUACACAGUAAGAAGAGAAAAAAAAUACUCAUUCGUCGAUUUUAAAAAAGAUAUGGAGGUGAAGAUAAACAUGCACAAUGCGUAGCACAAAGAAGUAUAAAAGAUUUUUUUUAAGAAGGAGAUGAGUAAAUUUAAACUAAUUUAAAAAAAAAAAUAGUACGGACCGGGUACGGUCAAGGAAUCAAGCCAAAGAGCUGUAAACUCUCUCUUUAUAAUUAUUUUUAAUUGUAAUUGUCUCUCACUAACGUUCGCCCAUGUGAUAGCCCCGCUAACUCAGCUCUCUCUUUCUAAUUAUUACAUUUAAGAUCUUAAUUCGAGUCAUUUUCGCUAAAUAGUUAAAAAAAAACUUUCGGAUCGAAGAUUUUUUUAUUCAUUUUCGGUUAUUUUUAGGUUUAAAAAGUAAUCUAUAUUAUAUAAUUAUAAAAUAUACGUCUAUAUUAUAGUUUUUUUUCGUCGUCGUCGUGUAGAGUGUUUAAGAGAUUGAACAAAUGAAAUAAAAACAAGAUAACAAGCGAACAUUUAAAAGAAUAUGCACAAUAUUUAAAACAAAAAAAAACGCAUAACGUUUUGUGACAAUUUUACGAUAAAGAUAUGAAGAAGAAAAUGAUACAUAUUAUAUAUUAUCUAUAUAUAAUAUUAAAAAUAUAUAUUAGUUUUUAGUAAGUUAUAAUUAGUAAAAGGAUUAUUAUUAAUUAUUACUUCUAGUGGAGACGCCGUGAACAACAAAAAAUUAAUAAUAAUAUUAAAAUAGUUUUGAAUUAUUUAUACUGUAAGUUAAAUAAUUCACGACUACAAAAAAAAUUGUUAUAUAAUCAGAAACAAAUUGUUCUUCUUCCAGACCGCAAAUUAUUAUUAUUUUUCGUUUUUGCAACAAUUUUUUUUUAAGUAAACUAAGAAUCUGUGUGCCAGUGUUAAUUAGUACGACUGUCAAAACACAAAUUUAUUUCUUUCCUUUUUAAGUUAAGAAAUGAACUCAUACGUACGUUGUGUAGGUAAAAAUGAAACGUUUUUAUAGUUCAUAAGAGUGCAAUCGUCGUAGAAUUAAAAAAAAACACAUUUUUAAAUGGAUCAUAUAUCUAAUAACGAUAAUGACCCUAUUUCUGUAUGUAUUUUUUUGUUUGUUUUUGAUACUCAUACAACAUAUCGAACAAAUUUUGAGCUCUCUACUCGUUAAAAAAACAACAAAAAAAGUGUGUGUGUAAUAAUACGUUAUGUGUUUAAUC